GCUCCUCCUCCCUGCCUCGCCGUCCCCUCCUCGGAGUCCCGACUAAGCGCGAGCGCCACACGGCCCCGGGCCGCCGCCGAGCGCGCCAAGACGCCGAGACGCCGAACAGGUGGCCGGAGGCUGCAGGCGCCCGGGCGGGGACAGGCGAGGGCAAGUAAAGGCGGCCGGGCUGGACAUGGUAGCCGGGCAGCUCUGUGCGGCCGCCUGCUCGCGCCCCUAGCCGCCGGCGCGCCGGCGCAGCGGCCCCACCGCGCCCUGCGUACAGUCUCCCGGCCCAGCGCCGCUCGGGCCACGGACGGCGAGGGACGGCGGCAUGAAAGUGACCGUGUGCUUCGGGAGGACCCGGGUGGUCGUGCCGUGCGGAGAUGGCCGCAUGAAAGUUUUCAGCCUUAUCCAGCAGGCGGUGACCCGCUACCGGAAGGCCGUGGCCAAGGAUCCAAACUACUGGAUACAGGUACAUCGCUUGGAGCAUGGAGACGGUGGGAUUCUAGACCUGGAUGACAUCCUCUGUGACGUUGCCGAUGACAAAGACAGACUGGUAGCAGUAUUUGAUGAGCAGGAUCCCCACCAUGGAGGAGAUGGUACGAGUGCCAGCUCCACGGGAACCCAGAGUCCAGAGAUAUUCGGCAGUGAGCUGGGCACCAACAAUGUUUCUGCUUUUCGGCCUUAUCAAACCACAAGUGAAAUUGAGGUCACGCCUUCAGUCCUUCGGGCAAAUAUGCCUCUUCACGUCCGACGGAGCAGUGACCCAGCUUUAACUGGCCUCUCCACUUCAGUCAGUGAUAACAACUUUUCCUCAGAGGAGCCCUCCAGGAAAAACCCCACCCGCUGGUCCACUACAGCUGGCUUUCUCAAGCAGAACACCACUGGAAGUCCCAAAACCUGCGACAGGAAGAAAGAUGAAAAUUACAGGAGCCUCCCACGGGAUCCCAGUAGCUGGUCCAAUCAGUUCCAGAGAGACAACGCCCGCUCCUCUCUGAGUGCCAGCCACCCAAUGGUAGACCGGUGGCUGGAGAAGCAAGAACAGGAUGAGGAAGGCACAGAAGAAGACAGCAGCCGAGUGGAGCCGGUUGGACAUGCUGAUACUGGACUGGAAAAUAUGCCCAACUUUUCCCUCGAUGAUAUGGUAAAGCUCGUACAAGUCCCCAACGAUGGAGGGCCCCUGGGAAUCCAUGUAGUGCCUUUCAGUGCUCGAGGCGGCAGAACACUGGGGUUGUUAGUGAAGCGGUUGGAGAAAGGUGGGAAGGCUGAACAAGAAAACCUUUUCCACGAGAAUGACUGCAUCGUGAGGAUUAACGAUGGAGAUCUUCGAAACAGAAGAUUUGAGCAAGCACAGCAUAUGUUCCGCCAAGCCAUGCGUGCGCGAGUCAUUUGGUUCCACGUGGUCCCUGCAGCGAACAAGGAGCAGUAUGAACAACUCUCCCAACGAGAGAUGAACAACUAUUCCCCUGGCCGCUUCAGCCCCGACAGCCACUGUGUGGCCAACAGGAGUGUGGCCAACAAUGCGCCUCAGGCGUUGCCCAGAGCACCCAGACUGAGCCAGCCACCUGAGCAGCUGGAUGCUCACCCCCGACUACCUCAUAGUACUCAUGCCUCAACCAAACCGCCCACAGCCCCAGCCUUGGCUCCACCGAACGUGCUUAGUACCAGUGUCGGCAGUGCGUACAACACGAAGAGAGUAGGCAAGAGGCUCAACAUUCAGCUUAAAAAAGGUACAGAAGGACUGGGAUUUAGCAUCACUUCCCGAGACGUAACUAUAGGUGGCUCAGCUCCCAUUUAUGUCAAGAACAUUCUUCCUCGAGGGGCUGCCAUUCAGGACGGCAGGCUCAAGGCGGGAGACCGGCUAAUAGAGGUCAAUGGAGUAGAUUUAGCAGGCAAGUCCCAGGAGGAAGUUGUUUCCCUGUUGAGAAGCACCAAGAUGGAGGGGACCGUGAGCCUUCUGGUCUUUCGUCAAGAAGAGGCAUUCCACCCAAGGGAAAUGAAUGCCGAACCCAGCCAGAUGCAGAGUCCAAAAGAAACGAAAGCCGAAGACGAGGACGUUGUUCUCACACCCGACGGUACCAGGGAGUUUCUGACUUUCGAAGUUCCACUGAAUGACUCAGGGUCUGCAGGGCUUGGCGUCAGCGUCAAGGGGAACCGCUCCAAAGAGAACCAUGCAGAUUUGGGGAUCUUCGUUAAGUCCAUCAUUAACGGGGGAGCUGCGUCUAAAGAUGGAAGGCUGAGGGUAAAUGACCAGCUGAUAGCUGUGAACGGAGAGUCUCUGCUGGGCAAAGCCAACCAGGAAGCCAUGGAGACUCUGAGGAGGUCCAUGUCCACCGAGGGCAACAAGCGUGGCAUGAUCCAGCUCAUCGUGGCGAGGCGGAUCAGCAGAUGUAACGAGUUGCGGUCUCCUGGGAGCCCCGCUGCACCCGAGCUGCCCAUAGAAACAGAGUUGGAUGACAGAGAACGCAGGAUCUCACACUCCCUCUACAGUGGGAUCGAGGGGCUGGAUGAGUCUCCCACCAGGAAUGCCGCACUCAGCAGGAUAAUGGGUAAAUGCCAGCUCUCCCCAACCGUGAACAUGCCACAUGAUGACACUGUCAUGAUUGAAGAUGACAGGCUGCCUGUGCUCCCUCCUCACCUCUCUGACCAGUCCUCCUCCAGCUCCCAUGAUGACGUGGGAUUCAUAAUGACAGAAGCAGGCACGUGGGCCAAGGCUACCAUCAGUGACUCAGCCGACUGCUCAUUGAGUCCAGAUGUUGAUCCGGUUCUCGCUUUUCAACGAGAAGGAUUUGGACGCCAGAUAGCUGACGAGACUAAACUCAAUACAGUGGAUGACCAGAGAGCAGGCUCCCCCAGUAGAGAUGUGGGACCCUCCUUGGGUCUGAAGAAAUCCAGCUCUUUAGAAAGUCUGCAGACUGCUGUUGCUGAGGUGACGCUGAAUGGGAACAUUCCUUUCCACCGCCCACGGCCACGAAUCAUCCGAGGAAGGGGCUGCAACGAGAGCUUCAGAGCCGCCAUUGACAAGUCCUACGAUAAGCCCAUGGUGGAUGACGACGAUGAAGGCAUGGAGACCUUGGAAGAAGACACAGAAGAAAGCUCAAGGUCAGGGAGGGAGUCCGUGUCCACGUCCAGCGAUCAGCCUUCCUAUUCUCUGGAGAGACAAAUGAAUGGAGACCCAGAGAAGAGGGACAAGGCAGAGAGGAAAAAGGACAAAGCCGGAAAGGAUAAGAAGAAAGACCGAGAGAAGGAGAAGGAUAAACUGAAAGCCAAGAAGGGGAUGCUGAAAGGCUUGGGGGACAUGUUCAGGUUUGGCAAACAUCGAAAAGAUGACAAGAUGGAAAAAAUGGGUCGAAUAAAAUCCAGGACCUUCACCUCAGAAGAGGACAGGGAGCAGAUGAAGGAGGAACAGGAGAGGAUUCAAGCCAAAACUCGAGAAUUUAGGGAGCGGCAAGCUCGAGAGCGCGACUAUGCUGAAAUCCAAGAUUUCCAUCGAACAUUUGGCUGUGAUGACGAGUUGCUGUAUGGGGGCAUGUCAUCCUAUGAUGGCUGCCUGGCUCUCAAUGCCAGACCCCAGAGCCCAAGAGAAGGUCACCUGAUGGACACUUUGUAUGCACAAGUAAAGAAACCUCGGAGCUCCAAACCUGGGGACAGCAAUCGAUCCACCCCUAGCAACCAUGACCGGAUACAACGUCUACGGCAAGAGUUCCAGCAAGCCAAACAGGAUGAGGACGUGGAAGACCGGCGCCGUACCUACAGCUUUGAGCAAUCUUGGUCCAGCUCCCGGCCAGCAUCGCAGAGUGGUCGGCACUCGGUGUCAGUGGAGGUUCAAGUGCAGCGGCAGCGCCAGGAGGAGCGAGAGAGCUUCCAGCAGGCCCAGCGCCAGUACAGCUCCCUGCCAAGACAAAGCAGGAAGAAUGCCAGCUCUGUAUCACAGGAUUCCUGGGAACAGAACUACGCCCCUGGUGAAGGCUUCCAGAGUGCCAAGGAGAACCCCAGGUAUUCCAGUUACCAGGGCUCCAGGAACGGCUAUCUAGGUGGCCAUGGCUUCAAUGCUAGGGUCAUGCUGGAGACCCAGGAGCUUCUCCGACAGGAGCAGAGGCGAAAAGAGCAGCAACUGAAGAAGCAGCCACCAGCGGAUGGAGUCAGAGGGCCCUUCCGGCAAGAUGUACCCCCGUCUCCUUCUCAGGUGGCCAGGCUGAACAGACUGCAGACACCCGAGAAAGGGCGGCCCUUCUACUCCUGAGCUCAAUGGAGGAUGGCAGCAUUUUGUGUCAUGCAAUAAAGGACAUUUCCCCAUGAA